ACUGCCUCUCCCUUUUCCUUCCAUGUCUGUCCCUCAAGAGCUAAAUUGUCUUACCAGAAUUUAACCUCCAUUUUUCCUCCUGACACCCCCACCCCUUUUUUUUCUUUCUCCUGAGAUGCUGACCUCAACAACCCAUUCCUCUUUGCCGCAGGGAUUCGAUAUGAUUCUAUAGUCUAAAGGGUCAAAUGGAGGAAUAUAUUUUCAUGGUUGAAUGGUGCCUCAUUUUCUGGUCAAAUUCAUUAUUCACAGGAGAACAUUUGGGUUGCCCUUCUCUUGUGUUGUUAAUGGAAAGUAUAUAAGGACUUAGGGAAGAAAGGGAGGUUCUUGAGUUAUAUGUAUGCAUCUAUUGCCUACAAAACCUCCGAUUUCUCGAGUUGAUUUUGUGGGCAAUUGGAUAAUAAAUUGGGAUGCCAAUUGCAAAAGCAGGGAGGAAACUUGGAAAUUUUUUUGUUGCACCAGUCAUUGAUCUUCAGCUUCGUUUGGAAAGAAAAUGAGUGGCGAACGGUGUAUAGAGACAAAUGAAACAAGGUAUAGGGAUGAACAUAUACAUAGUGUUUCUGUAGAAACCGGUGAAGUGUUUUCUGCAGAGUUUACGCCGCGAAAAUUACCCACCAUUGACACUGCAAAAAAGAAAUGCGACAGUUUUACCGCUGCUCAAAAGGGUCUUGUAUAUGAGGAGCUCAAUGGUUUACUUGGAUUACAAAGAAGAGGUUUCGAGAGUGUAGCGGGGUUCUUGGAUACUUCUCCUAACAAGAGAAGUGAAAUAGAAGGAAAUUGCAGAGCUUAUUCGAAAGGUAAUGAAGCUUCACCGGUAUCAUCUCCUCAUGUGUUAAAUUCCCCACAUUCAUGCUACCAUGGUCUAGAUGUUCAAUGCAAACCGUUGUCGAGGAAAAUGAAAUUUCUAUGCAGCUUUGGAGGAAGAAUUAUUCCUAGGACAAAUGAUGGUAGGCUUAGGUAUGUGGGGGGAGAGACUAGGAUCAUAUCGAUUAGGAAGAACUUGACAUAUAAUGAACUGGUGAAAAAGACUAGGGCUAUUUGCAAUCAUCCACACACAAUAAAGUACCUGCUUACUGGUGAGGAUCUUGAUGCCCUUAUAUCCGUGACGUCCGAUGAGGAUCUCCAUAACAUGAUAGAGGAAUUUCACAAUCCGGGUAAGUUCUCACAGUGGCUGCGGCUGUUUCUUGUGCAUUCCUCAGAUGCUGAAACUCUUUGUUCGUACGAAUCAAUGACCGCACAGCCAAGCCAGCUUGGGAGUAGUUUGGACCAUAGUCCAAGAUGUCAAAGAGAUUCACCUGCUUCAUUUCAUCCAUUACUCAACAUAUUGGCCCCUCCAAAUCCUACUGCCCAUUGGUUUAAUUCAUAUCAGACAACUUCCAAAUCAUAUGUUCAAUCUCCUCCCUUGUCUCCACUGAAAGGUUAUACCAAUGUUCAUUGUGGUGAUGGAAAUGAAUUAUGUAGUCCGUAUGGUAAAUCCUACAAUAUUGGCACCCCAUGCUGUUGUUAUAGUCGACCUAGUGAAUUCUUCCCUCAAAAUUGCAUACUUCAACAAUGUUUGUCCUCUCAAAGUUCUUUUCAAGAUUGUCAAGCUAAAUCUGGUCUUGGGAUGUAUCAUGCUAUUUCUGAUCCGCAAUUGCAAUGUGAAGAGAGAUAUAAGGUCACUAGAGAAGGAACAAAUACCGUCCGUUCAAACUUUAAUGUGCAUAAAUCCCCUUCGCUCGAAUUGUUUAGUUCUUCCAAAGAGUUUUCAAUGCAAGGAGUGAGAGAUCAGAAACAGUUGAAGUGUAUAAACUGUAUAAACCCGAAGAAUCUUUAUCCGGCUCAAGAAGAACCUUGUCUUGGAAUCGAGGGAAUUUGUACAACGAAAGGUUUUGGUGGUGGAAACUCUUGUAUAUCCCUUGUCUCUCCUAGUAAUAAUCAUUCAACAACCAUUUGUAAAGAGCACUGUACUGAUUCUAAUGCUUGUUGGGAAGAUGCAACUUCAAAGCGCCAAGUCAGCAAAAACACAAACUUCGCUACACAAUCUAUUAUGCUUGAACACUCCACAAACAGCUUCAGUGAGCAAAGCCAUGACCUUAACUCUAAUGCUCGAUUUUUUUCCGUUGGACCCAUGAAAGAGAAUCAUGUUGUAUCUGGAACAACAACCAGUGAGGAUGGUUUCUGUUUAUCACAUGAACUGCAACCUUCUACCUCUCAUGGCAGGGGCAGUAUAGGAAAUAUUGCGACAUCGAUCUCCAGAGAUAGAGCUAGCUUGAAUUUAUUAGAUCCCCGUGCUAGUGACAUAUCAUUACACAAUUCAGCUUCGGGUGCUCCUUUUAGACAAGAUAUUGCUGUCUGUUUGGACAUGUCCAAUGGUAAACAGAAGGAGCAAAGCUCUGAUGGAAUUUCCAACCCAGAACAUGUUUCUGGGAAUGACACAUUUUUUGAGUUUCAACUCUCAGAUAAUACGAAUUGCUCUAGGGUCCCAAAAAUGAGCACUAUUGUGCAAGAUGCUACUGAUAACGUGUCCCCUGAUGGACACCCUUCUUCACAUGUGGUCCCUCAUGAGCAAUAUGAACCCAACAAUGAACUUCAACCCCUUGGAGAAAUCAGAGAGGCUGAUAGUGUUUGUCAAGAACCUGAGUAUAAGAAGGAUAAAGUUGUUGGCGAUCGAGAGGGUUUAUCUAUCAAUGAUGCUACGGGCGUUGAAACAGAGGCAGGGUUUUAUGGCUUUCAGAUUAUAAGAAAUAGUGAUCUUGAAGAGCUACGGGAGUUGGGUUCUGGUACAUUUGGCACCGUACAUCACGGGAAGUGGAGGGGGACAGAUGUUGCUAUCAAGAUGAUAAAAAAGAGUUGUUUCACUGGCAGAUUAUCUGAGCAAGAACGGCUGACCAAAGAUUUCUGGAGGGAGGCUCAGAUUCUUUCCCAACUUCACCACCCAAAUGUAGUAGCAUUCUACGGCGUGGUCCCUGAUGGUCCUGGAGGAACAAUGGCUACAGUUACUGAAUACAUGGCUAAUGGAUCACUGAGGCAUGUACUUCUAAGGAAGGACAGAACUCUUGACAGACUAAAAAAGCUCAUGAUUGCAUUAGACGCUGCAUUUGGUAUGGAGUACUUGCAUAUGAAAAACAUUGUUCAUUUUGACUUGAAGUGCGAGAACUUACUCGUCAAUUUGGGAGAUCCUCAGCGGCCUGUGUGCAAGGUUGGUGAUUUUGGACUGUCAAGAAUAAAACGGAAAACCCUUGUUUCGGGUGGUGUUCGAGGAACCCUUCCAUGGAUGGCACCUGAGCUCUUAAAUGGGAACAACAGUCGAGUUUCCGAAAAAGUUGAUGUUUUCUCAUUUGGUAUUACAAUGUGGGAAAUCUUGACAGGAGAAGAGCCUUUCGCUAGCAUGCACUGUGGCGAAAUCAUAGGUGGCAUUGUAAAUAACAAUCUCAGGCCUCCCAUCCCUCAACGGUGCGAUUCUGAGUGGCGAAAGUUGAUGGAAGAUUGUUGGGCAUCUGAUCCUGGGGCAAGACCGUCAUUUACUGAGAUAACAAACCGAUUGCGUGCCAUGUCUUCAGCUUUCCAACCGAAAACGAGAAUUAGUUCUAGGAAAAAAUGGGUUAAUCCCGAAACGCAAACGGCGACCUCUUCUCUCCGGUCUUCUGUCUUCACCCUUUGCCUUUCCGCUAUUCAAUGCAACCGCCGGAGUGCCAGACGCCAGGUCGCCAGCGCCCAGCCGGAGCAGAGCCGCAGCGGCGUCCCCUGACCGGCCUGACUCCGUCGCCCGGCCGGCUUCAGCCACUCCUCCGCACUCUUAGGCCUCAAGUCCUCAGCAGAGUGUAUGGCUUUAAUGAGCUCAAAGAUGGCCAAGAAAGUGUUUGGUCCUGA